AUGGUCACAUUUUUUGUAGUUUUACUAUGUCUAUCAGCUGGCAUUCUAUCUCAGAAUGUAGAGAAUAUCGUCCCGAAAAAUAUUCUUGGAAUCGGAAGUACACAAUCUGUAGCAGUAUCCGGUAGAUUUAUUUGUAAUGGAAGACCUGCUGCUAACAUAAAACUGAAGUUGUAUGAGAAUGAAAUCAUGUUCGAUCGAUUGAUUCAAGAAAGUCGCACUGACAGUAAUGGACAAUUUAUCCUUUGCGAUCAGAAAUUCACAAUUAAAAUACCAAAAGACUACGUCACUUCCGGAGACAGAGCAUCUCGAACUUUCGACAUUGGCACAUUGAAUUUGGCAAACAAUUUCCCAGGCCAAUCUACAGACUGUAUCAAUUGA